GCUCCGCCUCGCCGUUGAGCGCGUCUGUGCCGGCUCCGCACGCCGCCCGGGACGGGGGGCGAGGCCCCGAGUGCGGCGCCGUGAGGAGCUAAGCCUCAAACAAUAUCAAGUGGUUCAUCCGUCAGUAGGUGUUUUGGAAUUGUGUGUGGAGUUCCUUACCGAAGGAUGUAGAGGCAAAAGAAUUUUCAAAGAGACACUGGAGAAGGAUUGGAGGAAAGAUCUGUCAAGUUUUACCCGACACACAAACCACACCUGGUCAAAGAAAUCCCCCAAACCAGAAAUAACUGGAGGCAGAGAGAGUUAUCCAGGAUGUCUUCACUAACAGAAAAGGACAGACCCAUUGUUCAGCUGUUACUGAACACUGGCACUUGCCCACGAUGUAUUUUGAGGUUCUGCUGCGUGGGAUCACAGACACUGUAUAGACGUCCAUACAAGGAUUUGAUGAAGGAUUUAAAAGAAUUUCUGAAAAAUAAUCAAGAAAAAGAAGAUACAGUUUGUUUUGACGCAGUUGACCCGCCUUGUAAGAGAAUCAGACUUGAACACACGGAGGAAGGGCCUGACGAUCUGAACCACAAUGGAGCACUCCGGCAGAUUCCUUCGGGUAACGGUGAAAAUAAUGCAACGGAGAACUCGGCUGUGAAGGUGUGCAAUGUGUGUUUGGGAGUUCUUCAGGAGUUCUGUGAGGCUGACUUUGUUAAAAAGGUGUGCCGAAAGGUUACAUCUGCUGACUACCAGUUCACUAGUUUUGUAUUUUCUGUGUCACUACCCCCACAGCUGUCUGUCAGGGAGUGUGCUGCUUGGCUGCUGGUAAAGCAGGAAAUGGGAAAACUGGGCCUUUCCUUGGCAAAGGAUGACAUUGUUCAGCUGAAAGAAGCUUAUAAGUGGAUUAUUCAUCCCCAGUUGUCGGAAGAAUUGGGUGUUCCUGCUGAUGGAAAGAGUUUGUUUGAAGUUAGUGUCAUCUUUGCUCACCCAGAAACAGAGGAGGAGUGCCAUUUCCUAGCUACAGCCUGUCCAGACUGCUUCAAACCAGCAAAGAACAAACAGUCUGUUUUCACUAGAAUGGCAGUUAUAAAAGCUCUAGAGAAGAUAAAAGAAGAGGAUUUUCUCAAGCAUUUUCCAUGUCCCCCAAGUUCACCAAAGAACCUCUGCGUCGCUCUGGAAAUUCAGUGCAAUAAUGGUGCAGUUUUUGUGGCUGGAAGAUAUAAUAAAUAUUCGAGGAACUUACCUCAGACUCCCUGGAUUAUUGACGGGGAGCGGAAGCUGGAAUCUUCCGUCGAAGAACUGAUUUCAGAGCAUCUAAUAGCAGAAUUCAAAGCAGAUAGCUUUAAUUUUUCUUCCUCUGGAAGAGAAGAUGUGGAUGUAAGAACCCUGGGCAACGGAAGGCCCUUUGCAAUCGAGCUUGUGAAUCCUCGCAGAAUACACUUUACUGCGGAGGAAAUGAAGGGGCUUCAGCAGACAAUUAAUAACUCUUCAGACAAAAUACAAGUUCGAGAUUUACAGCUUGUCACCAGAGAGGCAAUUGGUCGCAUGAAGGAAGGUGAAGAGGAAAAGACAAAGACCUACAGUGCCUUAAUAUGGACGGACAAAGCAAUACAGAAAGAAGAUAUCGCAUUUCUAGAUGAUAUCAAGGAAUUAAAACUGGACCAGAAGACGCCUCUCCGGGUUCUUCACAGGAGGCCCCUCGCUGUGAGGUGUCGCAUCAUUCACACCAUGAAAUCCCAGUACAUAGACGAGCAUCAUUUUCGCCUCCACCUGAAGACUCAAGCGGGAACCUACAUUAAAGAAUUUGUGCACGGAGACUUCGGAAGAACAAAGCCCAAUAUUGGCUCCCUACUGAACAGAACCGCCGACAUUCUGGAGCUGGAUGUAGAAUCCGUUGACGUUGAUUGGCCUCCAACCCUGGAUAAUUAACUUCUCCAGCUGGGACGAGGAAGAAGCGGCUUCUCUGGUUCCUGAGCACUUUACAGCUCUACCGGUUGGGUGCAAAGUGUUUCUCUUGAACAUUUGGAUCAUGUUGAUCUGCCAGGUUGAUUCGUACUUGGAAUCAACUUUAAACACUCUGGGAGAGGUAGGGGUCGUUCAGUCUCUAGCCUUAUUUUUAGUGCUUCUGUGCAUCAAAACCAUUUUGGUAAGCUGGCGUAUUGAUAAUUUUUUAAAGUGAUUAAGAAAAAGUUAAAUGGCGUAACGUGCAAAUAGUGUACGGAGCAAGUACAUCAAAUAUGCUUUCUGCAGUAGUUUAAAAUGUUUUAAUUAAAAAUAACCCUCCCUCAAGCCAGGUUUUCUUAAACUCUUUUUAUAUGGGAUGCUGCAGCUUGCUUGUCUUGAGAUGGGACAAAAUGUCUCCCAGCCAAAGAACUUUUCAAAAGGGAAAAAUAAAACAGUUUUCAGAGGAAAACUUUGCAUGUAAACCCAAGUUUUUCUCAUUUAAAAACAUGAGCGAUGCUUCCUGGAAACAGCAGUUGAGGUUCUUGAGGCCUGAGCAGCCCUUGGCCCUGCUGGGAGUCCUGUGCAGGCGCAGGGUUUCCCCACUGAGUCACCACAUGUGAAAAGAUUGGGAACUCCUUGCUCUGAAGAAAAAUAGGAAUACCAAGAACCUCACGGUACAGGCAAAUACAAAAUGUACCGAAGAACUGAGAGAGCAAGACAGAUAAUAAGCUUUAGUUUGUAGCAUAAUAGGUUUUUUCUAGUCAACCACCACCUGGGAACUUGCCUUGAAUAGGGACAACCUGAGUUUUCCUCUUUGCUUGUGUGGUUUUCAAUGUUUCCUGCAAAGCAACACCUACAUCUCUAAGGAAAAGCCACUCGGAUGCCUGUACCACAUUAAUCCGUUAGGAAGCUGCUUCUGCUGACCUGAAGUACAGAAGAGACUUCAACUAUUGACAAGAAAUUAAGGUUUGGAAUUUAAGGGCUCUUUGUUAAUUCACAUUUCAGAAAUAAAGAGGUAAUAUUUGCCAAGACAAAGCACUGUUUGGGGACAGGAGGAUGACUGAGAUGUCUUACCUUCCAUUCACUGCUGCCAGGAGCUCACAGAAAACAGCUGCAUGAAAGCUGAAGGCUCAAAAAAGGCAUUAAUGAAACGUUUUCAAGGAGCUGCUAAAAACUGAUCUUGAAAAAUGAGUCUAAAUAUUACACACUCUGCCUGGGACGGGCUGUCAAAACUUGACUCUCAUCAUUUGUUUCCCUGGUCCACUCAAAUGUAGUUCAGAAGCUCCUGGUUUUCUGACAUAAAAAUAAUAGGGACAUGAUUCAGACAGCAAUAGUUUGUUGUUUUUAAUCUUAAAGCUGUUAUGAGCAACAGAUUCCAGGAGCAGUUGUCUCAGAUAAUAAUCUGUACCCAGAAAGGAAGUGUCGUGAAUGAUGGAAAACUUAAGAAACUGAAUGCAGAAAACAAACAAAAGAGAAUUUCAGUCUCGUCUCCGAGUUCUUGAAACUCCAAGCGAGCUAAAAUAUGAUUUAUAAAUUCCAAUAUAAGGGCAACGAGGCCGAAGCAGCAAGCAGAGCAGCUCUUGUGCAUGGUACGUUAUCGUGGUGACAGUGGCGAUCACGUUAAGAGGCAAAGCGCAGCUAGUCAAGGCUAUAAAUAUCGCACUAAAUGUGCUGAGCCCGAUCCCUUGUCCACACAACACAGAACAGUCCAUCAGAAACUCCCAGAUUUCUUAUUUUUACGAUAAAUGUGAAGCAUCCAAAUGAGGGGGGAAAAGCUGAUGAUGCAAAUAUCUCUUUAGUUAUUGUCUGGUGAUCAUGUGAAAAAAUGAAGAGAUGUGAUCUGUUCUCCUUGAACUUUGCUUGAAGUCUGCGGAUUGUCAUACAGGGUAAACACCUUGACCGAUCGGUCUGUAACGGAUAUUGCAGCAAUAAUGUUGUACUUCGGCCUUCACCUUCUUUUUUAAAAGUGAAACACCUUUGUGAGUCCUCAAAGAGGAUGUUUUGGGAGAAUAAGAUUUAACUUUGUCCAGGAUAAGGAACCCGUAACCCACCUUGUGGCAGCGCUCCGGCUUUGCUGCGUCUCCGAUCUCAGGCUGCACAAGCUGAGUACUUGGCAUAACCAGUUUUUUAAUUACCAAACCGACUCGUUUACAAAGGAAAACAGAACUUUGAAAAUAUUUAAUUAUACAGUAAAAACAAAUUGUGCUAUUGAGAGCUUACUAUGAAGUGAGUAAAAUGUUUACAUUUACUAUGCUUACAAUUGAGAACUUCAAAAAUAAAACUGAAUAAACAACACA